GACUUGGAAAAAAGUUGUUUCUUGAUCAUAUACUUAUUUUUCAUUUUCUGUUUUUCUUUCUUUUUUUUUUUUUUUUUUUUUGUCCUUUCUUUUCUUCCUGCAGGGAAUGCAAACAAGCUUUCUGUUUAAUGGUAGCUCUUAAAGGCUGCCUUCAUGCUUUCUGGUUUGGUUUUUUACUGAAAAGAAUUUUCGCCAUGCCAUGUUUCUCGGAAAAUCGACCAAACCAAGGUUCUUCUUGACUUGCCAUGUCAGCAGCAACUUGAUCAGGCUUCCACCUUUUGUGGUUGCAUUGUGUGUGUGUGGUUCAGCUAGGGAAAAAAGGGUGGUCUUUUUGUUCUAAUCAGCUAUGGCCAAGGAAACGAUGAUUACUAUUGCACUUGUUCCAGUGUCCGAGUUAGUCUCUCAGACUGUGAUUUCUUUAUUUGAUACUAUUCAUGCAUCCAAAGAGGUUAUCUUCCAGAAAGAGAAUUUCCAGAUAUUCUCCAGAUUUUUGGAGAGGACCUCAAUUAUUUUAAGAGAGUUGCCACUGCAAAAUAUUUACAAUCCUGAGAGCUUAAAAAAUGCUUUAGAGAUUCUUCACCGAGAGGUUAAAGUUGCCAAUAAGCUAGCUAUGGAUUGCACCAAGAGGAACAAGGUAUAUCUAUUGGUCAACUGCAGGAAGAUUGCAAAGCAGUUAGAUAGGAGUACAAAAGAGAUUAGUAGAGCACUUAGCCUAAUCCCUCUGGCUUUGUUGGAUGUCUCUUCUGCUAUUAAAGACCAGCUUAGCAAUCUUUGUGAGAAUAUGCUGGAUACCGAGUUUCGAGCAGCUGUGGUUGAGGAAGAAAUUUUGGCCAAAAUUGAGUUGGGAAUACAAGAAAGGAAUGGUGCUCGGUCUUAUGCAAACGAUUUGCUCUUUCUGAUUGCUAAGACACUUGGGAUCUCCACUGAGCAGGGUCAAUUGAAGAAAGAAUUCGAAGAUUUCAGAUGCGAAAUAGAAGAUGUCAAUCUGAGGAAAGAACUUGCAGAGUCUUUACAAAUGGAACAGAUUAUAGCAUUGCUUGAGAAAGCUGAUGCAACAUCAUCUGCUGAGGAAAAGGAGAAGAAAUAUCUUGAAAAAAGAAAUUCUAUGGGUGGCCAACCAUUGGCACCACUGGCGCGGUUUCGUUGCCCAAUCACUCAGAACAUUAUGGUGGAUCCUGUAGAAACUUCCUCUGGCCAAACAUUUGAAAGAAGUGCCAUAGAAAAGUGCUUUGCAGAAGGGAACACUCUGUGUCCCAUAACAAUGCUUCCCUUGGACACUUCAGUACUUCGUCCUAAUAAAACUCUCCGACAAUCUAUUGAAGAAUGGAAGGAGAGGAACACAAUCAUUACAAUAGCCUCUAUGAAACCCAAACUCCUGUCAAGUGAAGGAGAAGAAGUGCUUCAAACCUUAGACAAGCUGCAAAGUUUGUGUAUGGAAAGAGAGUUGCAUCGAGAAUGGGUAAUAAUGGAGGACUAUGUACCGGUUCUUAUUGGACUUCUCAGUGAAAAGAAUCAAGAAAUUAGAAAGCAUGCUCUUGUCAUUCUCUCGAUGCUUGCAGCGGAUAGUGAAGCGAAUAAGGAAAAAAUAACGAAAGUGGAUAAUGCACUAGAAUCCAUUGUUCGCUCACUUGCACGCAAAGUUGGGGAGAGUGAGUUAGCAUUGCAUUUGUUACUAGAAUUAUCUAGAAGUAGUGCAGCCCGAGAUUGCAUGGGAAACGUUCAAGGCUGUAUACUUCUCUCAGUGACUAUGUUAAGCAGUGAUGAUGAUCAUGCUGCCAGAGAUGCAGAAGAGCUUUUGGAGAAUUUAGCUUUCCUCAAUCAGAAUGUUAAACAAAUGGCCAGAGCAAAUUAUUUUAAACCUAUGUUGCAGCUUCUUUCUUCAGGAGGUGAAGAAGUUAGGAUGGUCAUGGCCGAAACACUGGCAGAGAUAGAGUUGACAGAUCACAAUAAAUUAUCCAUUGUAAAGGAUGGGGCACUACCACCGCUUGUCCAAAUGCUUUCACAUGGAGAUAUAGACAUGAAGAAAGUGGCAGUUAGAGCUCUUCUGAACCUCUCUAAUCUACCAGAAAAUGGCCAGCAGAUGAUUAAAGAAGGUGCAGUUGGACCGCUAUUUGAACUUCUGUAUCGUCACAGCUUAGCAGAACCAAAGUUGCGUGAACAGGUAGCUGCCACAAUUAUGCAUCUCUCUGAAUCAACAUCCACUCAAGAAGUCAAUCAUGAGCAGGUGUUGUUGUUGGAAUCUGAUGAGGACAUUCUUAAACUUUUCUCCCUUGUAUCUUUGACGGGUCCUGACAUCCAACCAAGCAUUCUCAAAACCUUUUAUGCAUUGUGCCAGUCUCCUUCUGGUUCAGAUGUCAGAAUGAAGUUAAGACAGCUCUCUGUUGUCCAAGUACUGGUCCAAUUAUGUGAGGCUGCAACUCAUAGAGUUCGAGCAAAUGCUGUGAAUUUGUUCUAUUGCCUGACUAAAGAUGGUGAUCACAGCACAUUCCAAGAACAUGUUGGUCAAAGAUGCAUUGAGACCUUGCUCAGGAUCAUUGAAACAUCUAAUGAUGUUGAGGAGAUUGCUUCUGCGCUGGGUAUUGUAUCCAAUCUGCCAAAGAACCUAGAAAUGACUCAGUGUCUUGUGGAUGCCGGUGCAGUUCCUAAAAUCUGUGCUUGUCUCACUGAUGGGAAUAUAGAUGCUUCAUACAGAAGGCAGGUUGUAGAGAACGCUGUUGGAGCUCUUUACCACUUUACAGUCCCAACAAAUCAGGAAUGGCAGAAGACAGUAGCUGAAGCUGGCAUCAUACCAGUACUAGUACAUUUGUUGACUUCUGGAACUUCUUUGACAAGACAAAAAGCAGCCAUUGCACUUAAACAACUUUCAGAAAGUUCAAAUGUCUUGAGCAGGCCAGUAAGGAAGAAUGGAAUUCUGCAGUGCUGCUUUUCUAAACCGGAAAUUGGCUGUCCCGCACACUUGGGCAUCUGUGAGGUUGAGUCUUCAUUCUGCCUUUUAGAGGCUAAAGCCCUGGAUCCUCUUGUUAGAAUGGUUGGGGAGACAGAUCUUGGUGCCUGUGAAGCUUCUCUUGAUGCACUAUUGACAUUGAUUGAUGAGGAUAAACCACAGAAUGGAAGCAGAGUGCUUGACAAUGCAAAUGCCAUUGCGCCAAUUAUAAGAUUACUGAAUUCAAAUUCUGUAGUGUUGCAAAGGAAAUGUCUGAAAACCUUAGAGAGGAUUUUUCAACUGGAUGAGUUAAAGAAAAAAUAUGGAAGCUCAGCUCAAAUGUCAUUGGUUGACAUUGCUCAACAGAAAGCAAGUGAUAUUAGAGAUAUGAAAUCUCUGGCUGCCAAAAUACUGGCUCAAUUGGGUUUGCUUGGUAAUCAGUCUUCUUUCUUUUGACAUAUGAAAAUGUCUUGUCACUUAUAUUGUACUUUAGAAUAAAGAAUCACAAAAAACCGAUUGGUGUGACAUGCAUAUCGAAGAGAAUGGAAAGCUAAGCUCAUAGUUAGCCAAUUGAAUUCAGAUUAUUUUGGCACAAGAUGUUCAGUGAAUGUAGGUGGAACUUGAUUUUUGUUGUAAAUAAUAAGGUGUGAGAUUUGAUA